AUGCCUGCCAUCAACACUCUAUUGAUCUCGGAUGAACCAUCCCUCGUGUAUCGAUGCGAUGACUUUGCAAGCCCUAUUGAUGUCCGAACUGCCUUCACACUGUCAUUGUCCGCAGUGUACCGAAAUGAAGUCCCCCUCUAUGGGGAUUUGGUCCAGAUCGUCCACGCAGUAAAUACCGACGUGCUUUCUGGGCAACCGGGCCCGAUAAAGGACUCUCUUCUGUCUCAGAGACUUGAUCUAGAGAGGCACGGUGCCAUCAGACUGGGCACUCCAUUUGAGCUACGGACUAUGGCCCGCCUCUUUGCCAUUCUUGGCCUGAAGGCAGUGGGUUACUACGAUCUUUCUGUCGCUGGACUACCCAUGCAUGGCACUUGCUUUCGUCCAUUCGACCUAGAAUCCUUGAACCAGAACCCGUUCAGGGUCUUUACAACUUUGCUCAGGCCUGAGUUGAUCUCCAACGCCAACACGCGUGAACUGGCAUUGAAGUUGUUGUCACGACGCCAUAUCUUCAGCGACAGACUUCUGGACUUGAUAAACUGUGCCGAGAAACAAAAUUGGCUCUUGCAGAUGCAUGAAGUUGAGGAAUUCAUUCAGGAGGCAAUGAAAACUUUCAGCUGGAUGCCAGAAGCUUCAGCAUCAGAAGAAGAAUACAGAAAGUUAUCCAGAGAGCAUCCUAUACUUGCUGAUAUCGCCUCAUUCAAGACUGCGCAUAUCAACCAUUUAACACCCCGAACGCUGGAUAUCGAUGCUAGUCAGACACAAAUGCGAAAGCAAGGCCUACAGGUCAAGGAUCGCAUCGAGGGCCCCCCUUCACGUCAAUGCCCGAUCCUCCUCCGACAAACCAGCUUCCUAGCCCUCGAAGAAAAGAUCAGAUUCCGCGACGCCAAUGGGGAUCUUAUCCAAGGAAGUCAUCGCGCUCGAUUUGGAGAGAUCGAGGAGCGAGGAGCUGCAGUGACAAUUGCGGGGAGAAAGCUUUACGAUGAGCUGUUGGCUAAGGCCACAAGCACCAUCUGCGAGGGUCCAGGUGCGCAGAGCCUUGAGGCAAUGGACAAGGCCAUGAAUGAUGCCUUUAAAGACUAUCCUGACUCGUGGUCAGAGCUACGCAAACAAGGCCUCAUUUACUGUACUUACAGCGGUACAGGUAAAGGAAGCUUUGAUAUCACAGGGACGUUAUCGCUAGAGGACUUGGUUGACCAGGGAUAUCUUACAGCCGAACCUAUCACAUAUGAAGACUUCCUCCCAUUCUCUGCAGCAGGUAUCUUCGCAUCGAAUCUAGAUAAAGGCCAGAACGGGCCUUUACAAGCCAAUGGCCGUCCUGAUCAGGAAGGCUUUGAGAAAGCUUUAGGAGCUGUGUUGUUGGAGCCCGAAGCCCUGUAUGCAGACAUCCAGCGAAAAAGUAUUAUAAGAUGCGGCCUAGUACCUACACUGUUUACUCAUUAA